CUGCAAUUAUUAACAAUGUCUUUUUUCUAUCUUAUUUCAGCUCCACCUGAGGAUGUUGAAAUACGAUCCAACUUUAUUGUUCUGGCUGAUAAAGAACAUGAGUUUAACGUAGGUAAACAGAUUCAUUUAAUAUGUGAUUCCCAUAUUGGCAGCCCUCCUGGCAAAGCAAAUUGGUUCAUUACUGAUGAUCUUGUCGAUUUCAAUAACUUCAACGUCAUUACAGAAAAUGUUUCUAGUUCAGGUCCAAUACCUGUUGCAUCUUCAUGCCAGACCAGUCUGAAAAUUAGCUUGAAGUAUUACCCAAACAGAGAGAUGAAGGUAGCCAUAAAGUGUGGUGUUAAUAAUACUGUUGGAGAAAAAUCAUUCAUGAGGAUCUUUAAUAUUGUUAAAAAUGAAGAAAAGGAUUCUUCAAAGUUGAUUAUCAUUGUGGUGCUUUGUGUGAUUAUUCCUGAGAUUAUAAUUGCUAUAAUCCUUGGCGUCGUACUCUACAUUCGCAGAAAGCGAGCUAAGAAGAGGGCAAUGGAAGCAGCUGCAGCCGAAGCUGAAAGGAAAGAUUUGUCUGAAAAUGAAUACAGCAAUAAUAUUCCAAUGAAGAAUGUUAAUAAAUCUUCAGUUGGCGGACGAAGAAACAGAGAUCUUCGUAAUGACAACGAUCAAGAAAAGCAGGCAAUGACAGCUUACGAAGAUGAUCCUGAAGCAUGAGCUGCCAAAGCUUGAAUCCUCUACCAAUGUUAUCAGCCUAAAUUUCUCCCAUGGAAGGACAGCCGCAGCAACCAAUUUGACCUGAAACAGAUGAAUUGAGACUAAUGAAAUUGUGUAAAGCAUGUGGAGCAAAUGUCUAAAAUCCACCUCUUCUCUCCAUUAUUCAACAUCAAUCAACAAUUUGACCGAAGUGUCUUAAAGCCACACUGGUCAUUUCAGCCAGAGUGGUCAACAUGGUUACAUUUCUUUUUGUUGUUCUCUUGCAUUGCUGCCCUCUUUCAGCUGUUCUAUAAAAUCACUACUAUUUUUCCCUAGAUAAAAAAGCUGCUAAUCUAUGGAUAUCACUAAACUCUCUGUCUUUCUCUCUUUGUCUCUGUCUGUCUGUCUCUCUCUCUCUCUCUCUAAAAUAUAAGUUCAACCAUAAAAAAAUACAAUAAUGCUGUGUUCUUUCUCUUCUUUCUCUCUUCAGUCAACAGCAUUUCAUUCCUUUCUCCUUUCCUGUUAGCAAUUCUUUUUUAUUGCUGGUUUCUAAGUAGUUGUGGAGAAUUUAAAAAUACUUCUUUCACCUUUUUUUUUUUUUUUUAAACUCUCAAACUUUCACAUAUACCUACAAACAAGAACACUCCUUACUCUUAAAAUUUUAUUGAGAUGUUAAAUUUAUCCUCUUUAAUUUCUCAAUUUCCUUUAUUUUUAAUUUUAAUUUUUUUUUUGUUUCUCAUUUUGUUUGUGAAUAUAUUUCUGCAUUUGAAAAUGGAAAAAAAAGGCAUUUUAUAUUUUUGAUUCAUUUUUUUAUUUUUGUAAAAGCUUAACUAUUUAGAUAACCAUAAUAUUCCUGUAAGAUCAUAAAUAUGAUUCUCUAAAAUCAUAACCACCCCAGUUGCCCCGUAUUCGUAUGAUACGUUUUGAAAAUCCCUCUAUAAACACAAAAUAUUGAACUUGCUAUUGAAAAAUUCACUCUUUCCAUACUGCUGCUUCAGUAAAUUCCUCAGAUCCCCACUCCUGCUACAGUAAAAGAUAAUCAGAGAAUAAUUAAUAACCUUGGAAUUAACUAACACAAAAUUUUCUUAUAAGUUGUGAAAUUUGGUGCCAGGGCAAGGCGCUUGCUUGAAUUAUCUCCCUUCACUCAAUGAAUGUCAAUUAGGUUACAUAACUUUGUUUACCGUUUCCUCGCAGACUGACUCCAAGUGAGCCAAGAGGAGUGGAGGGGAUUUCCUGCAUCGUGUAAUAUGCACAAACUGCUGCAACACUCCCAUGAUUGUUGAAACUGCUUUUUAUGUCUUGUGAUUCCAUGACGGUUUUCUCUUAAUAGUAAAUAUUCUUGAAAAUUUCAAGAUUAAUAGUCUAAAUGACAUCAUCAUCAUCGCUAGCAGCAUUAUCAUCAUCAUAAUCAUUAUCAUUUUUCUUGAACCAUCGGAUCUGUAUUGAUGUUUUUGUUUGAAUAUUCAAUCUCAUUUGGCUACUUGCAAGAACUCUUCUCAAAUUAGUUCUUUGAACGACAAGCUUUUUCUUGGAGCAUAUUUACAGGAAUUACUUUUACACAUAAUACAUUUCAUUCUGUGCUGAAACACUCAAUGUUAUCACUUUAUCAUUUCUGUUCCCUGCAUUUUUCCACAAUCUUGCUUGAUUUGGUAUAGUUUAGCUUAACUAAUACAGGGUGCUUAACUAUUUUUGGUGUCACAGACAUGAUAGGAAUGUAACAACAUAAACAUUGAUGUUAUUAUGAUAUUACUCACUCUUUCAGUCACACACAUGAACAAAUACAUAUAUAAAGAGUUAUAUAAAAAAGACACUUAACAACAUCUCACCUCUGACCUAUAAGAUGGGAAUCCCUGAAUUAGAUAAUUACUGUCCAAAACUCAGUUGUAGUUCAACGGAAAUAUACAUGUCUAAGAUAAUAUAUAUUUUGCCAACUCCUUUGAAUUUGUAGUUUUUGUAUUUCAUAGUGUAAAUUUACCAUAUUUUUUGUUUUAAGUCUACUGCUUCAUAGCAACAUUGAGUAAAUAAACAAUAUUUUCAUUGUUUUCCUACAUUUCUGAUUCUUAGUGCUGCUUUAUCAUACCAAGAUUUUAGGUUCGCUCCUGUGAAACGUCUUUUAGAUAAAUAUAACCCCUAGAAUUCAAGGAGACUAGUGAUGGUCAGCACCAGUGAGAUUUGAUUCAAAUAUGUUUAAGAAAGUGAAGUAUGUUGUAACAAAGGAAGAAAGAAAUCUAACACCUCGAGUCAGACAUAUUUUUUUAAAAGGCCUUCAUCAAGCCCUUUUGUCAUUCUCCAAUAAGUCUUGCCGAAUAUAUUAGAUUUUCUCUUCAUACCACCAUGUGCCAUUUCUUUCAUUUUGUAUAUGGUUUGUUUAAUGCUCCUUUUUAAACAAGUAAAAAAGAAAACUACUUAAUUAUGUCAACAUUUAAGAGAAAGUAAAUCUUUUUAAAAUAUGCAUUUCAACAAUUUCUCUUCCAUUAACAAAAUUUUCUUUUGCUCACAGAUCCACAUUCUGGCUUUCUGUUUAUUUUUUGUUGUUUUGUUUUAUAUAAUGUACUAUAUAUAUAUAUAUAUAUAUAUAUAUAUAUACACACACACAUGCUGUUUUCUUAAGUUCUGAAUUGCUAACCCAAGCAAGUUUUAUAGGAAAAAGAGAAAGAAAAAACAAAAACAGGAACAUUCAUGAUCUCUCUCUUUUGAUGAAGUGGGAGGCACAAGCAAGCUUGGUUAAUGCUAUUUUACUACUACUUUUGUUUAAUUUUUUAAAGAAACAUAUUAGAUAAACAUUCCAGCUUC